CACAGUCAGCGCAGUCGGCCAGUGAGAAGGAAACUUGUGACUGCGGUAGAAGCAGCUGGAGCGUGGCCCCUCGCUGCGAGAUUAAAGAAAAGGGAAAAUAAUUUCCAGAUCAGCUCUCCUUCAGUCUCCUCUGGCAUCAUGGACUGCGGCAUUUGUACGUCCAAGACCAUCCUGCUCUUCCUCAGCUUGGUGUUCUGGGGUGCUGGAGCAGCAUUGGCCUACGUUGGUUCCUACAUCAUCAUGAGUUAUAAAAACUUUGACAGUUUUGUGAAUGACAGACAGUCUCUGAUCCCUGCGAGCAUCAUCAUCAUUGCCAGCGUGGUGAUGGUCAUCAUCGGCCUGGUGGGAUGCUGCGCCACGCUCAGAGAGUCCAAAUUCGGCCUUGGCUGUUUCUUUCUGGUUAUCGUGAUAGUCUUUGCAGCUGAAGUGACUGCUUUGGUGUUUAUCUUCAUUUACCAAAGCAAAACAGCGCAGAUAAAUCAGGAGCUGGAGCGCUCUAUGAAUGACACCUUUGUAAAGUAUGAUGGAAGCAAUCUCGAGUCCAAAGCUGUGAAUGAUCUGCAGUCUCAGUUGAAGUGCUGUGGAGUCAUCAACUACACUAGCUGGUACAACACCCCCUGGUACCAAAAAAACAAAACUGUACCUCCGUCUUGCUGCAUAAACGCAACUCAGUGUAACGGCACCACACCAAGCCAGUUUUAUCAAGAGGGUUGUGUGGUAAAAGUGGAGAAGUUCCUGCAUGAUGCGUUGAAUUAUGCCAUGCUGGUCAUCCUUGCGUUUGCCAUCAUCAAGUUCUUUGGGAUGCUGAGCGUCUGUGUGAUAACCUGUAGAAGCGGCAGGAGGAGUGGCUAUGAGCCUCUUUAUGCCUGAGACGCUUCCUGGAAGUCCCUCCUCUUUUUCCUCAAAGGGGUCUGCAGACUGCUUCCUCUGCACUGUAAACAACAAUCAAUUCCUUCUACAAAUCUAAAGUUUGUCUCAAUAAUCGUACCUGCAAGUCUUGCCAUAUUCUGAAGGGGAUUAUAAGACAGCAUGCCUCCUCAAACUAUAACAAAAUGAUAUGUACCUCCAUACAUGUAGGUUUAUUACUUUGAAUGCAUCUACUUUCAGUUCACUUUCCAUGAAGUAGAGCUACUUGUGAUGUCUACAUGUCUCGUUGCAAACAAAUUAAGAAAUUCAGUUUUUUUUAAUGUUUGAAUUUGUUUGAAGUUUAUUUACUGAAAGCAAACACAGUUCGCUCUCAGUAAAUACAUGUUUAUCUUUAACUUGUUUAUCUUUAACCCUUCUCACUCUUCUGCAUCGUGUAGAUAAUCCUUCAAAGGACAUUAUUCUGUGAAUGUACCUUAGUAAAUGGCGUCAUUAUAUCUUUGAAGUUGUUUGUGAUAGUUAACCAAAGGGUUUAUUGUCUUAUUUAGGGAUCAAAUUCAAUGGGGGGAAAAAAAACAUGAAUUUCUCUCGUCACUUAACUGUAUGGAAAAUCUUAAUAUGUUUGUUAUAUUUCUAAAUUAAAAGGGUAAAUAUUUCACAAUGUU